AUGCCUGGAGCAGACCCCACACGUUUGCUGUCCGUGCAAUCUCAUGUCGUGUCCGGCUACGUCGCGACGUUCCCUCUACAGUUACUCGGCUACGAUGUCGAUGUAAUCAACACCGUGCAGUUCUCCAAUCACACCGGGUACGGCCACACGAACGGCUACAAGGUCACCGCAACGCAAUUAGAUGCCAUCUUUGAAGGACUCUGGACGAAUGGUCUGGUCAACUACGCUCGCCUGCUUACGGGCUACAUACCCGGGGCCGAGGCGCUUGCAGCUGUGAGCGCACAAGUACAGAGGAUGAAGAAGGAGCGAGGAGAUCUGAUCUAUCUACUGGACCUUCGAGGCGCAAUAUCCUCGCUGGAGUCACUCCAUGAAGCUCUUCAGACACUCCACUUGCGAGACGGCGUGCCGCACGUCGUUAUUUCUUCGGUACCUUUGCCUGGCGGCCUCGUUACUUCUAUGGGUGUUCCUCCGCCCCCCAAGUCGUACACAAGACUCUUGCCUGAAACACAACCGCCUUGGUAUGAUGCGGUCGAUACCGCGUCUCCUGAUGAGGAUGUCCUGGUCUGUUUCGCGAGCUCGUGUGUUGGCGGCCGCAUCGAAACGUACGCAUUUGCCCUCCCUACCAUCCGCGGUUACUUCUCAGGUGUUGGGGAUCUUUUCUCAGCUCUUACGUUGGGGCAUUACAAGAACCCAGAGGAUGCUUCCAGACCAACGCCUCUGGUUCAUGCAGUCUCCAAAGCACUCCUCGGCGUUCAACAGGUUCUUCUCAAAACGCACCUGUACUCUCUAUCCGUGUCGGCUUCCGCCUCUACGACCCCGAGGCCGUUGAAAGAUCAUGGUUACGAAUCCGUCAUCCCUUCCGAUACGGAGCUGGACAACGCCGUGCCGUUGAAUCCUGCGGAUCCCAAGCGGAAAGCGAAACGCAUGCGUAUCCGGGAAAUGCGAGUAGUACCGGAAAGGCGCUUGUUACUCGAUGGCGGAGAAGGCUGGCCAUGUACCAAGGUUGAUUGGGAGCUGAUACGACGAUGA